UGUGGCUCAACUUUUACAAAAAUCAUAGUUCAUUUUGACCAGAAAGCAGUUUAUUGUCACCGCCCUCCAGUGGUCAACAGGAGUUCAUGACAAAACAUACAUGACCAUGUCCCACUUUGAAAAGAGUCAAACUCAUAUAAAAUGACCUUUAAUCAAAAGCAAUAACAAAAGCUCCUUAACUGUGAAGCACUAGACUGACAAAAUGUGGCACUUAAUACUUUCUUUACAAUGAAAGAAGACGAGAUAUUAAACUAUUUAUUUGUUGAGCUGUUACAAUCAAAUUGUGUCAAGUCAUUCAGCGGUAGCUAUGCUAUUUCCGGAAAUAAACGAACUCCCUUCAAAAUAAAGUUAUUUCUCAAGCAGUAACGCAAUAUGUUGUUGAGGUUUCUCCGUAAAAACUUUGAUUUUGAAGACGAUGGGAUCGGAAGUGUAUUUUUUCACACCUAAUGACAUCACUAUUAGCGGACCUCCCAGUCAGCUGUGCCAUUACAGGUCCCUAGCUUUAGCCUGCUAACGAGAGAAGAAAAAGGCUGUUUCAGGGCUUAAAAUAUGGAUAAGAAUCCUACGAGAUACAAUGUACAGCUGUAUAUUUAUGAUCUGUCGAGAGGAAUGGCGCGCAGCCUCAGUCCUAUCAUGUUAGGAAAGCAACUGGAUGGUAUAUGGCACACAGCUAUAGUGGCAUACGGUGAUGAGUUCUUCUUUGGAGGGGAGGGGAUCUCCAGCUGUUCGCCGGGUGGGACAAUGUUGGGUCCUCCAGACACAGUGGUGGAGCUGGGUGAGACUGAGGUGUCUGAGGAAAUCUUCAUGGAUUAUCUCUCUUCCCUGGGAGAAAGCACAUACAGGGGUGACAGGUAUCGUCUGUUUGAGCACAACUGCAACACCUUCACCAAUGAGGUGGCUCAGUUCCUGACAGGGAGGACCAUCCCUUCCUACAUUACUGAUCUCCCAUCUGAAGUCCUCUCCACACCAUUUGGCCAGAUACUGAGGCCCAUUCUGGACUCCAUCCACAUCGCCCCUCCAGGAGGUAAUGUCAUCAACGGGGGAAGAAACAUCUAACCUGGGAGAGCAGUGAUGUCAUUAAGUGUUUUUAAGGUCAUUUCCAUUGUAGUCAGUCUGUGAGAAGUCUCAAAUUCAUUAUCAUUUAUCAUAUUUCCUCUAUAACACUUGUAUCAUGAAUGCUACUUGUGAAGAACUCACUGUCCACCUCAUGAAGUUUGAUGAGUUCAAAUGCAAUGUGGUGAUAAGUACUCAGACAGUAACAAAAAGCUAAUGGAAUUUCAGGUUAUAAUAGCCAGAUAUGCUAACAGUCACAGUCCUGCACUAAAAGUUGAGUUUGAGGAAUGUUGCCUCCUUCAAAGUACAUCUGUGGAAAGUCAGAUAUCUGAGUAUUACACUUUUUCAGAAGUAACAAAAUAUAUUUAAUCAACAAAUCGAGGCGCUGCAACUUUAUUUAGACUAUAAAGUGUAAAUAAAGUUGACUAUGCAAAGCUUAGGUUUACUCAUUGACUGUAUAUAAAUAUGGAUGUUAUGACGGCUCCACAAAAGUGAAGCCAAAACAUCUCAGUUGCUUCCUGUUGGCUGGCUGCAACGUAGGUCACAAACUCCGCCCCCUCCAUGUUAGCAGAUUGGACACGAGCCAGACUAAAAAAGUGGUUGUGACAUCAUGAUAGACAGCUGGUGGCGGGAUGACCAGACUACUGAGUAGACUCUGGCUCCAAAUGACAUCACACAAGCAAGAUGGCAGCUUCCGAAAAGGAGAUAUUUUGGCUUCACUUUUUGCAUAGUGGCAGGAGAUGAAGUCAUCCGUAGUUAUAUACAGUCAAUGGCUUCACAUCAUGCACUUUUUUACUUCACUACAUUUAUCUAAUAACUGUGAUUAAACAUGCAACAUUAAAAUACCUCUUGUACAUUGGUGCAUAAAGCUAAUUUAGUACUUUGAAAUGUGCAAAACACUCCUUUAAUGAUAUUGCUUAAGUCCGAAAUGAAGUAUUUUCCCUUUUUUAGGUAUUACAACAUUUAUUUAAUAAAAUAAUAGUUUUGACCACUGACAUUAUUAUACUGACAUAUCAGUUUUCACAGAUGUCCUUGCGAGAGUCAUCCUCUGCUGACUACAAUGGAAUUAAUCUGAGUUUGCAUAGAUAUGUUUAAUAUAUUGAUUUUGAAUGAAUGCAGGUUUAUGGAAAGCAAGACCAGGAUAAGUUAAUUUUGGAAAGUCUUUUAAUGUCAAUCAUAUUUCAAUUAUGCACUUAUAUGUUUUUAUUUUGUAGCUUCUAGUUGAUUUCUUAUCCGCAAUCAUUUUGUACUUGUAAAAUUUGUCUUUUCUGUUUCUGUUUGAUUCAGCCCAACUGUGGUCGCCUCUUUACCUUACAUUAUCAUUCCAUUUGUCACACAGCUUGUGAUGUGACAUGCAGCAGGUGAUUGAUGCCUAAUUUACACUGAGGGUUAUACGAUUAGAGGGGAUAUUAGAACUUGUGGAGUGUACAGGAGCACUGGGUUCAGUUCACUGUUAAUUCUUGUUAUUUCUACUUAUAUAAAGGUAAUCCCUGUGUAUUAUUUCUUAAUGGAUGAGUUGAUUACAAAUGCGUUUAUAGCAAGCAGGGCAAGAAAAAACAAGCCCCCGCAGCUCCACAGCGCUAUAAAUAAUUUCCCAGGCAAUCCUCAUCACAUUUUUAGCUUUUGGAAACAAAAAAACAGCAUUUUUCAUUAUUUAUGAAAGCUUGAAUAAGAUGAAUGAAUUAGGGGUUUUGGUAUUAAAUCUACCCUCUGAUAUAAGUGAAAGUGAACUGCAUCACAGCCCUGUUAUAUGACACACGUUGUCAUAGGUGCCUCUUGGCUUGUGUUACCAGCUCCAGAGGGAGACGGUUAUUAUUGAUUUAUACGUUUUUUUUGUUUUUUUUGUUGCAUAGUUGCCAUUUAAUUAACUCUAAACCACAAAUCUACAGAUGUUUUUUAAUGUAAAGGUGACCAUAUUUAGAAUCUAAACACUGCUUUGUGUACAGUCUACUUAAUAUCAAUCUGCUUGAGUCCUUUAACAGCUACCAGAGUGUGUUUGAUAUACAAUACACCUCUGUGCCUUCAUUUCCCUCUGCUUGGCUACAGGCAUACUGUUUGAGAGUUGGCUUGUUUAUAAUAGAGCACAGACGGUAUCUUCCACUGCAGUCUGUGUUAAGAACCGGAUGGUUAGUUUUAGAGUAUGAAACUCCAGAAAACCUUUUAUUAAUAAACCUACAAUAAAGCAUUUAUGUGAAAAGUGUUAGAAGUAAUAUCCCUCAACAAUCAAAACCAUCCAUUCAAUUCUUAACUGUAGGAAACAGUUGAAUUACACAACAUCUGGAUCCAGUAACACUCACAGCCUAUAAUCUCUGUGCAUUAUACUCUGUACCCUGCCAUCAGAAAGAACACAUACAGUAGUUCUUUAAUUAACAGAACACACGGGUCACAUGCAGUAUCGGGUUUAUCAGAUUAAGAUAAUGGUAUACACAUGAACCACACUGAACCUCACAACCCUUUUACCUGCUUACACACACUGAAUAAUGAAAGAAGCACAGCAAAACAAGAAAUCUCAACAAAUGAUUAAACCAGCAUUAACUUUUAUUGUGUUCUCCUGCAAUAAAUGAACCUUCUACACACUAUACCUUCCAAGCAGUCACCAUCACUUGUCACUCAAGGCUUAAUUAUCUCUCCAGUGCACAUGCACAGAAAGAUUGGAUGCACAUUUUUUUUUAAAAAGGGUUAACCCAGUAUUAGGCUAUUUUUAGAGAAUAACACAUUGAAGUUAAUUCCCCCUGAAAAGGCUGGAAAGCUCAGGUGAAUCUGGGUUGUGUUUUGCCUUCUGCUAACCAACUAACUGACAUGCUAACCUGACCACAGAAAUGUAUUACUGCACAAGUCAUCCUUUGUUGCUCUGAUGUAUGUUGCUGCCGGCCGCUACCUGUAAUGUGACAUUGCAACAGAUAUUUAUGGAUAUUAUUCCCUAUUUAAGUAAUCUAAGUAUGGUAGAUAUGUUAAUGCAUAUUGUUUGUGUAAUUGUUUUUGUAAAUCUACCUACACAUAAAGCCAUUGACUGCAAA